UCAUUUAAAUUACACACGAAGCUCUGGGCUCAGAGAUCUGGAGAGCGUUUCAGAGAGAAGAAUCUGUCAAGACAAGAACUCAGAGUUCAUAGAGACGAGCUUAAGGGACAGAAAUCAGGUUCAGAGCUGCUGGCUGUCUUUCAGACCUUCUUCGGAAGGAACCUGUCAAGACAAGAAGACAAACAUGGAGAAGGGAAAAGGCCAGCUGCAACAGCUUCAGGAGGAUGCGGACCAGGUUGUGGUCAUCAUGCAGAAGAACUUCAACAAGGUCGGAGAGCGUGAGGAAAAGCUAGAGGAACUGGACAAGAGAGCUGAUGCGCUGUUAGAGACUGGCAAGCAGUUUCGAAAGUCAACAAGGAAACUGAAACAGAAGACGGAAACCGAGAACGCCAGAUUGCGAUGUAAGAACUGGAGGGUGAUCGCUGGAGUAGUUGCUCUGAUCAUCAUUAUCACCAUUGUCAUCAUUAUCAUCAUUGCAGUAUUGUGGCCGCGGUAAGAACGGAGACUCUGGGUAAAACAGCCAGAGAAGAUGAACUGAUGGGAUUAACAGCUAUUGAAGCGACUCAGGAGUGUUUUUUUCUUUUGUUCUGGGUUAAAAUGUGUGUUCGGAUGUUUGCACCAGCAUUACAAUACAUGUGAACACUUUCUUCUGCUCCAGCCUAGGGUUAGUAUAAGGGUUAGGGUUAGGAUUAGGGUUAGGGUUAGUAUUAGGGUUAGGGUUAGUAUAAGGGUUAGGGUUAGUAUAAGGGUUAGGGUUAGGAUUAGGGUUAGGGUUAGUAUUAGGGUUAGGGUUAGUAUAAGGGUUAGGGUUAGGAUUAGGGUUAGGGUUAGUAUUAGGGUUAGGGUUAGGAUUAGGGUUAGGGUUAGGAUUAGAGUUAGGAUUGGGGUUUGGAUUAGGGUUAGGAUUUGGAUUAGGGUUAGGAUUUGGAUUAGGGUUAGGGUUAGGGUUAGGAUUUGGAUUACGGUUUGGAUUAGGGUUAGGAUUUGGAUUAGGGUUAGGGUUAGGAUUUGGAUUAGGGUUUGGAUUAGGGUUAGGAUUUGGAUUAGGGUUAGGGUUAGGGUUAGGAUUAGGAUUAGGGUUAGGAUUAGCAAGGCUUUGAUGUGUUUAUAGUUUUAUAUAAAGAUGUGUGACCUUUUGUGCUAAAUAUUACUUUUUAUCUGGAGUCUCAAGGUUUUCUCUUCAUGUCGUCUUUGUAAAAUAUGCUCUGAAUGAAUUCAUUAAACACUUCAGUCUACAUUA